AUGUCGCUGGAAGCUUGCGAUUCUGAACGCGGAGCAUCGACAUUUGCCGCUUCCCAGCCGUACACACCUCUGCCUCCGCCUCCAAGCACGCCGGAAGCAGCAUCAUCGCCAUGGAACAUCAGCUCUCGAGCAGCCCUGCAUCGACUGGGUGUGGGCAGCAACAACAGAAGCAGCAAUAGCAGCGGCGAAGGCGCAAGACCCACCUCUCAAUUUUGCAGGCAAGACGGAGCACUGAAGCGACAAAGGAUCGUCGCGGGUCCCUCGAGCGAGCUGCUCGCGAGCUCAAGGCGGUUGAUCCACGCGACCUCGCCGUCACCAUCGCCCUCAAGCGGCUGCAUAGCGAACCGCGAACGCCGCAACGCGUCGCCUCCUCUUGUGCCUGGAGAUCUUCGCGUUUACCGCUGCAAGUCCACUCAUAGUAGGUGCUGCCGUCCGCCUUCUCCCAGCUUGGAGGCGCUUCACCAUGGAAGCAGUGGAAUACAAUCGCGACGGAGAUCAGAAGCAGGAAGGACGAGCUCACAGCACUCAGAAGCACUGCGGAGUUCCAGUGGCAGUGACUGCACUGGAAGCUUCAGAUGGGUCAGGAAGAGCAGCCAAGAUGUGAGCUUGCGCAUCGAUGCGUCUCGACGAGGAUCUGGUGCGCGGCAAGGCGCGUAUCCAUUGCAGCAACAGCUGCUGCUGUUGUUGCUGCAGCAGCAAGUGAAGCCGACACCACGACGUCCAUCGACAAGUCAGCCAGAGUCGCUACCAUCACCGCAAGAAAUGAUCAAAGUGGACGCUGCAUCACGCAUGCCAUCCUUAGCAGGGCCUAUUGACCUUGAAAGCUGA